AUGAGCAAGUUUGUUUUAGUCUCUAUAAUUCUAGAAGAUCGAGGAAGUGCCAUGACAUCACUCACAGCUAUUUUCAUAUUCUGUGCAUUUUUGCCUUGCGUUCCGUCGGUUAUAGUGUCCACCAACUACGGAAGCAUUGAAGGUCUCGUGACAUCGCAUCCGGAUGUCUCUGGUCCUUUCAAAUCCGUUAGCAAGUUUCUUGGCGUUCCUUUCGCCGCUCCACCGAUCGGAGAGCUAAGAUUUAAAGCCCCACAACCGCCAAAGGAAUGGAAACCAAAGGUUUAUUCGGCUAAAACGCAUGGAAACAUCUGUUUGCAGAUGGGAAGCUUUGCAUUCUAUAAUGAGUACCUCAAAUUGUUUACAGAAAGUCCUGUCUACAAUGAAGACUGCCUUUAUCUUGACAUCUACACCCCGAACGUAAAUUUGAGUUUGCCAGUCAUGGUUUACAUUCAUGGCGGGUCUUACGAGUUUGGUUCAGCUGUGACAUCCCCUAGCGAUAUAUUGGCAUUACAAGGGCUGGUAGUGGUUAUCAUACAAUACCGCCUUGGGCCAUUUGGUUUCUUGACGACCGGGGAUUCGGCUGCUCCUGGAAAUUUUGGAAUGCUGGAUCAAGUGGAAGCACUAAAGUGGAUCAAGGACAACAUAGAGAAUUUUGGCGGCAAUCCCAACAAGGUGACCAUAUUUGGACAAAGUGCCGGCGGAACUAGCGUAAGCCUUCAUCUGAUGUCCCCCCUCUCAAAAGAUCUCUUCCAUCAGGCUAUCGCAGAGAGCGGAGUAGAUUUAAGUAGCUUUGCGAUUCAGCCAACUUCAUUUGGUGUCAGCAACGCUGCAAAACUGGCUGAAAAACUGAGCUGUGCUGACAAAGACCAAAAUGCUAUGAUAAACUGCUUACGUGAAAAAGAAGCUUCAGAUAUAAAGAAAGCUGCCGAUUCAAUCCCCGCAGAUGCAAUUGCAAAUACCCAAAGUUUGCCCGCCUAUCUGACCUGGGCGCCCGUUGUGGACAAAAACUUUCUUCAUGACACACCUCGAAAUUUGCGAUACAAAAAGAAUUUCAAGUCAAAGCCAUUCAUGAUCAGCUUUAACAGCCAGGAAACCGCGGAGAUUGUUGGCGUUUUAUUCAACAGUUCGUCCUCUGGAGUAAGCCAGGCCUUUUUCAAAACGUUAAUCAAGGUGUUUACUCAUUCUCUCCAAAGGAGGUAAGAUAGAAGAUGAUAUCAGUCGUUUCUUACUCUUUCCGGGUGUUCAAUCCAACACUUUUCCCUCAUGUUGCGCCGUUUACAAUUUACACUCAAAAGAUCCCCCUGAAUGGUGGCUACGGCAUCUCAAUUAUGUUUUUAAUUCAGCCCUUCUUCCACUCCCGAGCAGUAAAGCACCACAGUUUUCUUCAAAAAACCUUCAUAUUUUUAUAGUGGCCAGGGUUAAAACACCUUAUAUUUAAUUAUAAAAUAACUAAGAUAGAACGCGCGCUCUGAUUGGCUGAGAGGAGUGUUUGCAUGAGAGUAUGUAAACAUGAUUGUGACGUCAACAUGUUUUGCUUUUCGCGCGCUAAUCACGCAAGCACGAAUUUGCAAAAGCUUUCAAGUUCAAAACUCUACAAGUUUACUUUACCCAUUCCUUCGUCGGCUGAAACUUGGAAAAUCGUUACAAAGAAAGUGUGUCGUUUUUUUUUUUUUCGCUUAAGCUGUCAUUUUAAGCGAGAAAAGUCCGUAUUUUGGAAAGCAUCUUUUUAUAAAACAAGCUGAUUAAGCGUGCAAGACUUUGGGGAUAAGACUUUUCGACUGGUAAGAAUUUCUCUUUUAAUCAGUGCCAUACAAAGAGUUUUGCGUUUUUUCUCGGGAAAUUUAUUUUAUAAAAGCAAUAGAAAACUAUUUUCCUGUGUUUGCAUAGCCUGAUAUAACAACUUGAGGCGUUGGGAGAAUUCUCGACAGUUAUGUAAACCCUCGACUUCGUCUUGGGUUUGCAUAACUGUCUCGAAUUCUCCUAACCUCUCUCGUGUUUCUAUCAGGCUGUGCAAACACGGAAACGGUUUCUAUUGCUUAAAUAACAUAAUUUUCUAAAUCAUGAUCAAUGGUCUAACAGCAACAUCAAAAUGUACUUUCUAGAGUAGAGCUCACUGACCUCAUCGCAGACGCCUUGGAGUUCAUGUACAUCCCAUGGCCAGACAACAGUGAUAGAUAUGCACUGAGAACGCAACUUAUAGACCUUCUCAGUGAUUACAUCUACUUUGCACCUAGUCACGAGGUCGCUGACAUUCACAGUCAAACUGCCCCUGUGUAUAUGUACGAGUUCGCUCACCGCCGAGUGAAGUACAAUCAGAACCCAACCUGGAUGGGAGUGGUCCAUGGUGAUAACGUACCGUACGACUUUGGACUUCCCCUCCUUCCAAAAUUUGGGUUUGCUUUUGACGAUGCCGAUAGAAACGUCAGUGGUUUUAUAAUGGCUAUGUACGCAAACUUUGCACGCUCCGGCGAUCCUACUGUCAGCGGUAUUCCUUGGGACAAGUACAACUCCAGUCAAAGAGCUUACCUACGAGUUGACAUAAAUCAUAGGAUGGAGGCGUCAUUUAAUUCUCGCAGAAUGUCUUUCUGGAAUAAUUAUUAUCCCAAACUUAAGCAACUGAAAUUUGAUACUACAGGUGCUGUAAAGAACGAUGCCAGCCCCUUGGUUGCCAUGGGAACGUUAAGUCAAAUUGUAUUUGUCCUACUUUCAGCGAUGCUUUAA